AUGGCGGUACUUUCGAAGAUCCUGAAUAUCCCCACUGAGGUCGGCACAGCAACCAUGUACAUGAUGCAAUCCGUUGGAGCCCACGGCUCCUUUGGCAAUAAAGACAACAGCAGCAUCGACGGGCGUAUCGGAACUCCAGAUAUGUCAGCAUCAACGGCCACCGAAUUCAUGGGCGGCACUUUCUCACCCACUCUGGGUCCGGCAGACAUGUUCAUCACAAGUACCGGAGGUGGCGUUACCGACAAUCAUAUGGAUCAUCAGCAUGGCAGUGCUCCAAGCGACGGUGAUACUGUAUGGUACUGUAGCAACUGCGGCGAUGGCCCGAUAGGCGGCUGGAACAACCAUUGCCACACGGCGCUCCGGAUCGAUCGCGCAAGCUCAGCAUGUGCUCAGCAAGAGAGAGUAGUCAUCGAGCAACCCUUCAUCGAAGUAGACAGCCCACCUUGCGGACUAUUCAGCACAUCUGCCACAUCAACCACACGAUUCGGUCGGGCUUCUACCCUGGUUCUCUUCUUUGUUGUGAGGUCGAUACAAGGUUGCAAGCCAUGCAUGCAGCCCACCGCGACACAUGGCAUCUCAAACGUAAAUUUAGCUAAAUCACUACACCCUCAAACUCGAGACCUUGGGGGCCCAUGUCGACCCUGGAACUUGAAUCUUCCGCAGUCACCUCAAGGCGGCAAUCCUUGUGCAAAUCAGCAGAUGGGCAGUGCAGAUGAGCCAAGUCUGGGGCAUGGUGGGGCGUUGACCAAUUACGAUCACCGGGGGUGCCGGUCUGGGUCACCACCUGCCACUCCGUUAGCUGCUUUCCUCCAAUCUCCUUCUCGCGCCUGUCCAGUGCAAACUAUCAACAACUCAACCCAACACUUGCCUUUUGCCUUCUACUAGUCAUUAUCGGCUGUUUAGUUGUAGUGCGCACCUGUUCAGGUGUUGAGUUGCGGCCGCUACGCUCUUGCCAUUCUCGUAAUGAACACCGGACCUACUAGGUAAAACUUGAUCUUAAGGCAAUGCAUGGGACAUGGAGGUAGGCACCAGAAUCAAUGCUCCUUCUCACAAUGUAGCAUAUCCCUCGGCACCUCUUGACCAGGGUACACCCGUACUAAUG